GUCAAGAAAGCCGCCUAGCUGGGAUAAGGGCCGAACUCUGCAGCCUCGCAUUUGAACUCGCCCAGCUUUGGAACGCAACUGUCGCUGUCAAAAUUUUCCGUCGCUUGGACUAAGGAUAGGCGCUCAUUGUUCACUUUUCACAUUGGCAUAGACUUCGUCCUCCGGGAGAGAGAGAGAGCUCUGCACGCAAUCGGCAACAGAAAUGGCCACUGCACCUCGGCCGCGUGGCGCAUUGAUUGUUUUCGAGGGCGGGGAUCGAUGCGGCAAGACAACGCAGUGUAGCAAGAUGGUUGAGCGGCUCAAGAGCCAAGGGGUUGACGCCGUUAUGUGGCGCUUCCCCGACCGCUCCACCUCCAUCGGCGCAGCCAUCAACGCCUACCUGUCUAACCAGUCGCAGCUCGACGACGCGGUGAUCCACAUGCUUUUCGUGGCCAACCGCCUAGAGAAGAGGGAUGAGAUGCUGCGGCUGCUUGCGGGCGGCACCACGCUGGUGCUUGACCGCUACAGCUACAGCGGCGUGGCCUACACAGCAGCCAAAGGGGUGCCGCACCUGAGCAUCGACUACUGCAAGUCGCUGGAGGUGGUGCUGCCCGCCGCGGACCUGGUGGUGCACAUGUCCAUGUCGGCCGAGGCCACGGCGGCGCGGGGCGGGUACGGCGAGGAGCGCUACGAGAAGGUGGAGUUCCAGGCGCGGGUGAUGGAGGCCUUCGGCCAGCUACGGGAUGAGCGCUGGGCCGCCAUCGACGCCGCCGGCACCAUUGAUGCCAUCCACGAGCAGGUGGCGGCGGUGGUGGAGCCGGUGGUGCGGCGGACGCUGCAGGGUGCGGUGCUGGGGCGGCUAUGGGACUUCACGCCCAUGGAGCUGCCGGCCCCGCGUCAGGAGCAGCCGCAGUCGGCCGCAGCCGAUGAGGAGGACACGGUGGUGCAGGUCCAGAUUGCGCAGCCUGCUGCCGGCAAGGCGGAGGCGGUGGGCGUGUCGCAGGCGCCUGUGCUGUCUUCGUAGGCAUGCAUGCGGUAACGUUGUUGCUGUUGGGCGAGUAGAUAGCAGGGAGAUGCGGGGUAAGGUGCACGUGCCGUAUGCACGGUAAUGGUGCGGGGUGGCCUGCGGGAUGGCACGUAAAUCGCGGUGCAUUAUUGUCGCGCCAAGUCGUCUGUGGGGUUUAUGAUGUGUUACUAUUUUGGUGUAUUGUAUCAACAAGACAUGCCUUUGUGCUUGCUUAUCAGAUAGCAAAGUGCACCGCGCAAAUUGCAGCGCGGUUUGCGGACUACUUGGCACACUUGGCGCGGCCGAUGUAUUUGUAAUAUCCAGUGUAG